AUUCUUUAUGAAUGAGACUAAGUCCUUUUUGAACCUUGUAACCAGUAAUGUAUUCUUUUCUAUUUUUACUGCCCAAUAUCGAGGGAGGAAUAGCUGUAUUUCUAGCGUUCACUUGUGUUUUUACUUGCCUAUCAUGUAGUGCAGUUGUCUACCGGUAAGAUUUUCUUUCUUACAAUGUUGAUGCUUAUAUGUAUGACGACUAUCAUCACCUCGUAUACAUUGCUCAGAGAACUACAAAUCCAAAUGAUGUGAUCCUUAUAUUUUUGUUCAUAUUGCAAGGAUAUAUUUGUCUUCAUAUUUGGGUAAAAGAAACCAGAAAACUGUUGUUUUUGUUAUGAUAGCUAUCCUUAGGAUAAUUACGAGUGAAUUAUCCUUUAAUAGUCAAUGGCCUCUCUACUGUAUGUAGCAACAAAAAGAUGAGAACCUUGUAGAUCUUGUAGGUUUCAGUUGGGCUCUUCCUUGCUUCCAUUCUGUCGGGGCAACUAAUUUAUAUACAUUAGAGGUGUUGUAACUUUGAAAAAAGAUUGAAACUAAAGAUGAGUUACGAUGUUUGGGUUGUAAACUAAUUUGGUAGUAGACUGCAUAUGCUUUUGUAUGUUCGUGGUUAUUUGGAUCAAGUUGAUUGGGAUCCAGUGCACUGUGAGACAAUCUUCCUAAACAACUGCAAAAAUGUGUGGACAAUUGUGGCCGUUGUCAACCCAAGAAAUCUAUUAUACCAUUGGUGUCGGGACAUUUGUGGUUUUGUUCUUCACAUGAGCCAUGGCUGUGUGUAUUGGUUCCUUUGACCUUCAGAAUAUGUGUUACAUGUUCAAGCUUCAAGGCCAGUUUUUGAAUCUUUGGGGAUUGUCAGUAACGUUGUGGCUGAUGCAAAACCGGCCCUUUCGGGUUGCCAUUGAUGCUCUUGCAUUGGAAGUGGUUUCGAAGUGGCAAUGAGCAGACAGCCAUGGCGAAGAAGCCGAGCAUGGGUCGCCGGAAAAUCAAAAUCGAGAAAAUCGUGGUCAAAAACCACCUCCAGGUGACCUUCUCCAAGCGCCGCUCCGGGCUCUUCAAAAAGGCCAGCGAGCUCUGCACUCUCUGCGGCGCCGACAUCGCCGUCGUCGUCUUCUCCCCCGCCGGAAAAGUCUUCUCCUUCGGGCACCCCAACGUCGACUCCGUCGUCGACCGCCUCCUCUCCCGCACCCCCUCGCCGCCGCACGACCCCUUCCACCUCAUCGACGCCCACCGCAACGUCAAUGUCCGAGAGCUCAACCUCCAGUUAGGUCAAAUUCUGACCCAAUUGGACAUGGAGAGGACGAAAGGUGAGAAUCUCGACAACCUACUCAAGACCGGCCAGAGACAGUACUGGUGGGAGGCCCCCAUCGGAAAAUUGGGCCUGGAGGAGCUCCACCAGCUCUGGGACGCCAUGGAUGACCUCAAGAAGACCGUCUGCCACCACACUGCAACCCUCAUCGCCCCCUCGCCGCCGGCGAACCCCUUUUUCACCGGCGCUGCCAUUUUUGAUCAGUUUGAGGAUAAACCUGCUGUAGGGCUUGUUCUUAAUCAUUUUGGUAAUAAUAAUAACAAUAAUAAUAAUAAUAGUAACAGGGAUAGUAUUGCUAAUAAUGGUUCUGCUGGUAAUCCCAAUCUUGGCUACAGCUGCAUUGCCUAUUUUUGA